AUGGAGCCCGAGGAGCCAGAACCUGAGUUUCAGCAGUUUUACCAUCAAUUACUGAAUCCGCUGUCGCUCCUCUCAGAGGAGGAGGAGCCCCCAGAGUCUGAGCGCCGCCAGGAGGAGGAGACAGUGCAGACUUUUUCGAUCGCCAACCUGCAAGCGGCGCAGCUUUGCAGCCGGGUGUCCGAACUGCUGGCCGGCAGCGGGUUGGCGGCGGAGGUGUCCCGCAGGGACCGACGCCGUCUCACCGAGGUUAUCCUGGACGAGCUCAAAUGCAGCUGGCGGGAACCUCCCCCCGAACCGGAUCUCAGCUACAGGAAUUACGUGAAGCUGCGGAAGCGGCUGGAGUCCUACGUGCUGCUCUGCAGUGAGCAGCUCUUCCUACGCUAUCUGCACCUGCUGGUGACCAUGCCCAAAUACAAAGGGGUCUUCACCGAGUCAGCCACUCUGGCCCGGCUGGUUGCCAGCCUGGCCAGGGACUGCACGAUCUUCCUCACUAGUCCCGCCGUCUACAAGUGCUUGCUGAAGGAUUUCUUGGCCCUGUUAAACCUCCAGCCGACCCGUGAAGUCUUGGCCAAGCUGCAUCCCGUCUGUCCCUCUGGGUCUUUCAAGCUCUGCCCCAUCCCCUGGCCUCACAGUACCGGCUUCGCCAAAGUGCCUUGCUCUCGUCUCAACCUGAGCUACCUCGUCCAACUCAGCCGUCCACCAGAGUUUCUGCGUGAACCCCCACCCGACCCAGUGAAGGAACUGAAGAAUCUCCUCAGAUUUAAGUGGAAAAGGCCUCUGCAAUGGCUGUCCUCUCUAAAACAGAUGAAAGGAGUCCAAAAGAUACCACUGCCUAGCCAUUCCAGGACUCCCACCAGUACCUCUUCCAUCUCCCUCCACCCUCCUGUCUACUCCCAGCUACAGAGAGGCCAGUCCAUGCCUUCUCUUCGUGAGGGUUGGAAGCUGGCAGAUGAGUUGGGCCUUCCUCCAUCCCCCACUCGCCCUUUAACCCCGCUGGUCUUGGCUGCAAAAAGCAAACAUCCGGCUGAAGACUUUGGGGCUGAGGAUCUGAAGCAGAGAGUAAAGAAGAUGACCUGGGAGUGCACUCACCACUCAGUACUAGAGUCUGGACUGCCUCCGCUCUUGGGAGUCGUGACUCACAGACUACCUGCAGGGCCGCACCUGGAGGAGCUGCAGAGAACAUUGAAGAACCUCCAAGAGGAAGAAGCCUCUGGACAGUGGGACCUCCAGACCCCUAAACGCCCCCCACUGCAACCGCAGCCAACGACCAUUACUUUGAAGCUAAAAAAUCAGAUGGUGGUCCAAACAGCUACUGUGAGGAUCUCUGAUAGAUACUUUUUGGACUCUUUCCAUGUCCAGGGGGCUGGAGUCCUGUACAAUCAUCUGACUGGUGAACUAGAGUCUAAAAUCAUUGAAGAAAUGGAUGUUGAUCACUUCAUCGGUGGUAACACCAAGGAGAUCUAUGCAGAAUUAAUGAGCCGCGUUUCUACUGACCACUUCCGCUUUGACCAAGGACCCCUGGUUGAGCCUGCAGCUGAUAAAGACUGGUCAAGCUCCCUCAUCUCAGCUGCUUUACGCAAAGAAAAAAAAAAUCGAAUCAUCAACCCUGAUUUGACUGGACUUUUCUCUGGGAAAACCAAUUCUCAGCGCAUCAAUUCUGAGGCAAUAUCUUCUAUCACACAAGCCUACACAUUGAAAAACUUAGAUGCAAUCAAGAAAGGCUUUGUAUCUGUAGACAACUACUUCCAGUACCUCAACAGCCAGGAAACAGAUUACCUUCAUGUCAUUUUCAAUAUGUAUGAGGAAGAUGUUCCUGUGGAGGUACAGCCCCAGGUCAAAGAGUCCCUCGAGAUUCCCCAUCCUCCUCCCUUGCUAGAAGAUGAAGAGCCAGACUUUGUGCCAGGAGUGUGGGAUUGGCACACAGUGCUGAAGCAUAGUCAAGGAACCAGUAAAGUCUCUGUCUUGAGCCUGCAGAAUCGUCUGGAACGGCUGUGGUCUCUAUAUGAGGUCCCUGAAAAGGCCCGGCUGGACAUGAUCAUCAAGUACAGCUCCAAUGCUCGUCUGCAACAGCUGCCAGUUUUGCUGAAGGCCUGGGAGCGGGCCCUGAAGCCCAUUCAGAUGCGGGAGCUGUUGCUAGCGAGACUGGAGUGGUUUGAGCGGCAAGCCUCUGACCCAAACCGCUUCUUUGAAAAGACUGACUCGGGUCUUGGUCGCCUCCUGGAGGAGAAUCAGCUUCGCAGCCAUCUCCACAGAGAGCUCAGUUUAAUAGAGGCUCCUUUGGUUUCCCUCCUGCAGGAGAUUGAGGUCAUCUUUGGGGAGCCUCUGACCUUCAAGGGGCGACGCUACCUAGACAAGAUGAAGCAGGACAAAGUGGAGAUGCUUUACUGGCUCCAACAGCAGCGACGGAUUCGCCAUCUGAUCCAGACCCAGAAGACUCCCCACCACUCAUUCCUGUUCAAUGAGCACAGCAACCUGUCUUCAAUAGCUCCUAAGAAUACUCCUCUACCUAACCUGCCCACUUCCAGGCCAAGCACCUCAGAUUCUUCCCCUAACCCCAAAUACUCAAGAGCUUUUCCAGAUUUCUGA